GUCUGUUCUGGAAGGAGUUCGAAGAGGACAGCAAAGCAACUGUGCAGGAUGUCUUGUGUUCUGGGACGACUGUCUUAAGCCAAGGCUGUAGCCAAGAGGCCGUGGCAAGAUCUCUGGAUGAUUGCAGCAGAGCACGCACGGUUUUCCACGAGUACUUGGAACAGAAGCUUCGGUGCUGGAAGGAGAUGCCGUGGCGGCUUGCAGCCCUCAACCAUCCAAACUCGGACGUUUGCCGACAACACGCUCGAGAGAUCUUGGCUUUUCUCGAAAGCAGUCCCAAGCAGGCCAGUCUUCACCAUAGGGUCACUUGGAAGUUUCUGGAGCCAGAGUCUCGCUUGCUCGCGCAGCUGAAGCAGUUUGCAGCAGCAGAUGCGGAGAUGCAAACUCUGCCCGAACUCUGGCAAGUCGUGAUGGAGCUCCGGUUCAUUCCCACUUGUGAGAGGCUCCAGGAGGGAGACCAUGCUAUCGUGAAGAGGGCCCUAGGAGAGAAUCGCCGAGCUUCCGGACCUUUCGUGUCCAUGGCCAUCCGCAUGCCGGAGAUAGAAGCUUUGUUCGUGAAGCCAGAGGAUUGGAAGGACUUCUUGUCCCAAUGGCCGAAGAUCCAGCGGCCGGACGAGGCAGCCAAGCGGUUUGGGCUUGUUGGACAUCCGUGCUACAAAGCCGCCUGCGAAGAGAAGGCUGGCAGCAAAGAGAAGCGUGCCGUGCUGGCCGUGUCGCUGUACAACCUUGAUCCAGAGCUGCAGUUCCUGAACAAAGCAAGGCUUCGGAAGAAAAAAACCGCAGAUGCGGAUCGCGUCAAAAAGAGCAGGCUGAACUUUUUCAAUCAGCAGAACCCGGAGUUGCGCCAGUGGAGUGUGGACAAUGUGGAGCACAGGGCAGCCGCAGUGCACUUGCACGCACGGAUGGAGGCAGGACGCUUGUACUCAGCCCCACCAGGCGCGGUUGCUUUGCCACCUUUGGAACAGAAGCUUAAAUCCCUUCGUGCCGCACCAGCCUUGCAGCCCGAAAGCGCUUUUGCCUUAGAAGCGGACGGGGACGCCUGGUCUGCCUCCGAUGGCCACCCUGAUUCAGAGCCGGUCCUCGACGUUGCCGUGGUGGAUGCAGAAGCAACUUUGCCAUCGGGUCCAAUCACAUUCUUCCGGCUGAGUUCUCAGAAGGGCGGCAGGCGAAGGCUGGUCCCUUUGCCUGCGGCGAGUGGCCAAGGUCUUGCCGCGACAGACGUCACUGUUUCCAUGCAUGAGUUCUUGCAGCGAGAAGGUUCUUGUUAUGUCAAGGUCGAAGCCAGCAAAGCUGCAGGUGUUGUGUCUCCAGCAGCCGUGAUAUCCCUUGAUCCACAGACUGCGAAGACCUUACCCUGCAAUUUACAGAAGUGGUCUACUUGCAAGAAGCUCGUGUACAUGCUGACAGGCUUCCCUGUCACAGAUGCAGUGCUGCAGCUACUUGAGAAGUUCGUUUCCAAGGGCGCUUUUCCAGGUGCAAGCAUAGAGCAUCAUUUGCUUGUGCUACGAAGCGAUUCAGAGAUGUUCAUGUUGUGCCAAGAAUUGCAAUUGCAAGGAUUUGCCAGAUGUGUCAGAGAAGCAUCCGAUGAAACAUGGUGGGUUUUGACUGACCGAGCUUUAGCGAAUCUUGUACACAUGCACGAGAUCUGCCGCCCUUCUCUCGUCUUCCCCCCGGUAGAGAACUUGCUGGAGCUUGUUGCAGGGAAUAGUUCAGCAGUGAAGCAGUUCACAUCUUGGGAAAUGUUCAAGGUCCUCGAGCACAAGGGCUUCCAGCUUUGCAAACUCCCACAGGCCAAGGCAGCAAGACGUGCGCUUCCACCUCUGACUUUUCAGAGCGAGCGGCCAAAAUGGUAUGUCCGUGACAAGACUUUGCAAACCACAGCAAUGCAGCUCUACAUGCAAGCCUUGGUCGUUUCAGACACUCUCUUUGCGGGCCAUGUGUCCUGGACAUAUUUGAUUUGGUGUGUCUCUUGCAUUCACCACGGACAAAACAUGCACUAUUAUGCAGAACUCCUAGAUGCUGAGUCCAUGGCAACAGGGGAUCUGCCGGAGGCUGUAGAAGAUGGGCAAGACAGCCAGAAAUUGCAGCUGAAAGGCGCCCAAGAUGAGGAUGCUUUGCUGUGCAUGGAUGAUGCGUUUGCAGAGAGCGAGCCAAGACAGGCUUCCCCCCCGAAGCCUCCGCUUCCACUUCCAUUGCCGCGGCAUCGACCUGCGUCGAAGGUGAAGGAUACGACCAUGACAAGUUCUGAGGCUUCUAGUGAUGAUGAUGUUGUGGAUGCGCGCGACCCACCUUCUCCUGCUUCCCACGGGCACUCAGAAGCGGCAGGUGUUUCUGAUUGGUUGCUUGAAGAUGAUGAUGAAAAUGCAGAGGGGCAGGAUCCAACACUGCCGGCGCCGCCUGUGGAGCCCUUGAGUCCUGCUGCUGCAGAUGCGCAGCAGCCCUUGUGGUCGUUGUUGGGACUGCCAGCACCGGUACCCAGGUCCCCAGGUGAUCAUCCGUCCGAUUAUUCCCCUUCGAUGCCUCCUGAUGAAGAUGAGCAUGCAAACAACGGCCUGACAGAAGAGCUGCUGCAACAGCUGGGGUCGGAAAACUUCGCUAUCCCAGGUGAUUCUGCACAAUUUGAGCUCGAGCCGCCGACUGCGAUUUCCACAGCUGUUGAAGCGCAGGCAGACACAGGGGAUGCAUCAACGAUUCCUGCAGCGGUUGCAUCCUUUACAGAUGCAGGGGAUGCAUCAGCGAUUCCUGUAGCUCCUGAUGUUCAACCCGACCCGGGGGUUGUGCCUCCGCCUCCGAUUCCUGAAGAUUGA